GCUACCGUAGUCCUACGGCUAAACCGAGAAUGGGUUCGAUAGGCACAUCUCCGGUUGCGGAAAACGGUUCUGAUACUCCCAACGGCGCCACCGUCACAUACGACGGCGAGAACAAGCCUCACUCCGGCGAUGGCUAUCCUCCCUCGGCCGCCGAGACGACGCCGGAGUCGGAAGCGUCGAAGAAGCGGAGGAUGUCCAUGCUUCCUUUGGAGGUCGGCACGAGUGUAAUGUGUCGUUGGAGAGACUCUAAGUACCAUCCCGUCAAGGUUAUCGAACGCCGGAGGGUUCACGGCGGCGGGCCCAACGAUUACGAGUAUUACGUCCACUACACCGAGUUCAAUAGGAGGCUUGAUGAGUGGGUGAAACUUGAUCAACUUGAUCUUGAUUCAGUAGAGGCUGUUGUUGAUGAGAAAGUGGAGGACAAGGUUACAAGCUUGAAAAUGACUCGCCAUCAGAAGCGGAAGAUCGAUGAGACACAUGUGGAGGGGCAUGAAGAACUUGAUGCUGCCAGCUUACGCGAACAUGAAGAAUUCACAAAAGUGAAAAAUAUAGCGACUAUAGAACUUGGAAGAUAUGAGAUUGAGACAUGGUACUUCUCCCCCUUUCCACCAGAAUAUAAUGACUCUUUGAAGCUGUACUUUUGUGAGUUUUGUCUCAAUUUCAUGAAGCGCAAAGAACAGCUUCAGAGGCAUAUGAGGAAGUGUGAUCUCAAGCAUCCUCCUGGUGAUGAGAUAUACCGGAAUCAUACGCUUUCUAUGUUCGAGGUUGAUGGUAAAAAGAACAAGGUUUAUGGACAGAAUCUUUGUUAUUUGGCAAAGCUGUUUCUUGAUCACAAGACCCUGUAUUAUGAUGUUGACCUUUUUCUAUUUUACAUUCUAUGUGAAUGUGAUGAUCGGGGAUGCCAUAUGGUCGGAUAUUUUUCAAAGGAAAAGCAUUCGGAGGAGUCCUAUAACUUGGCAUGUAUCCUUACCCUUCCUCCUUAUCAAAGAAAAGGCUAUGGAAAAUUUUUAAUUGCCUUUUCAUAUGAACUAUCCAAGAAAGAAGGUAAAGUUGGUACGCCCGAGAGGCCGCUCUCUGAUCUAGGACUCUUGAGUUACCGAGGAUACUGGACUCGGGUGCUUCUAGACAUCUUGAAAAAGCAUAAGGGAAAUAUUUCCAUCAAGGAGCUCAGUGACAUGACUGCCAUCAAGGCAGAGGAUAUUUUGACCACUCUUCAGAGUCUAGAAUUAAUUCAGUACAGGAAAGGGCAGCAUGUCAUCUGUGCUGAUCCAAAAGUCCUGGACCGUCAUCUUAAAGCAGCUGGUCCUGCUGGUCUGGAGGUUGAUGUCGGCAAAUUGAUCUGGACGCCGUAUAAAGAGCAAGGCUGAUGAUUUAUAAAUGUGUUUCAUCAAUCCUGUAAUUUGCUGCACCUUGUAUAGACCUAGGGGAUGAAAACCGGAGUUGGACUUGAAUCCUAGUCGGGAAUUCUUGAUAUGACUGACACUACUCUCACCUGUAAUGUAACAAUAUAAAUUGACCAAUUGGCCAGUGUAGUAACGGAUGAAGUAACCAAGGACUAAAAUAUUCAUGAUGUCCUCAAUAUUUCUUCGAAA